CAUAUAUGUAGCAUCAAAACUGAAUUGAAAAAAAAAGAAUGACAGAAGGAAAGAAGACUGUACAAGUUUUCGAAACUGCAAGGUGGUAAAAGUCCCGUGAAACUUGUGAAGUACUUUUUUGUUUCACGGAUGAUUGUUUUUUUUAUUUGUCUUCGUCUAGGACUAGCACUUUAUCUGGAUUUCCACCCUUAAUACACUUGCUUUCGCACCGAGUCAAUCUGACCUGUUAAAACAAACAGUAAUCAUUGACUGUACGUACGGGUCAUUCUAAGCAGACGUAUUUAUUGCAUUUGCCGCCUUGCGAGAUUCCUAAUCUGUACACCUGCAUUGUGUGCAUGUACUGGGUACGUGUCUCAGAGGGAUUAUGCUACCUUUUAUAACGUACCGUUUCAUUGUUUUGUGAGGACUUUCCACGGAAUGAAUGUAUUUCUCAAUGACGUUUUGCAAGUAAUGGACUUUUGUCACUGAAGUCUGGAAUACCAGUGCUAAAAAAUAAUAAAACAACUAAGUACUGAAAUAAAACAGACUUAAACUUGUUUCGUUUGUAUACAUUGUGACAUGAAAAUAAACUAGAAAAUGAUCAAAACCUCCGUUGCAACUGUAAGAUAAUACAUGCAAAUAUGAUUAUAUAGGACACAGAUAUUUAUUUUGUGUAGACCUAAUAUCGAUCAACCUUCAUCCGUUUCGUUCGUGGUCCGAAAUGUCUGUCGGUUUCAGAUACUUGCUGCUUGGAGGAUUGUGUCUGUACGUCUGUGUGGUUUUGUCCUUUCUCAGCAUUUUACAGCAGAACACAGACACGUCCAGUGAUUUCAAACUGAAAUACCCUCGAAGUGAGAGAACCAGUUACACGGAGGAUAUCACACCUUUUCAAAGAGAAAACAGAAUUGCGCGAUUAAAUAACAAAAACAGAUUUGCUGAAUCAGAUCUGAAUGCAAACCGAUUUACAGGAUCAAACUUCAGCAAAGGCACACUAGUAAUAGGUAAGUCUGUGGAAGAAAGUAUCAACGCUCUCAACACGAAUUUCCUACCGUUGUUUGACAAUCAUUUUGUCUACUCUGCAUACGUAGAUAAAAGAAAAAAAACUGAGUAUGUUAGGAUUAUUGCCAUUGGUCCUUCGGGAAAGGGCAACAAACGCACUGGAUUCUUCUGUCAUUUUGGAGAAUCUGUCAAAAGAUCCAGUGAUAAAGUUUUUUCAACCGAGCUGAUUUACUACGAAACGUGUGAAAGUCAUCUGAUGGUGUAUUCAUUUUAUAUAAUGUCGUGUCCAAUACCCGAUAAUGUACUGGAGCACUAUCUAACUCUGGGGCAAAGUAACAUCACGAUUACGAGGUCAAACCUUUCAACACGACCUGGAAUCGAACUUCCUGUUUUAAAUAAUGAGGUCGGGAAGACGACCAGUGAUGACGUCAGGUUUGGAUUGUGUAUUCCUCCGCUCUUCGGAAACAUCAAUGUGCUGCGUUUUGUUGAAUUCAUCGAAUUAUCUCGAUUGUUGGGGAGCGAACAUUUUACGUUUUACGCUCAUGAAUUGUCCCAUGGUGUGAAAUCUGUUUUACAUUUUUACGAAAAGGCAGGGAUAGCCACAGUUCUUCCGUGGAAACUUCCGGUACAGAAUAUAUGGUACAAGGGACAAUCUGUCGCUAUAGGUGACUGUUUAUUCCGAAAUAUGUAUAGAUAUAACUUUGUAGCAUUUAAUGAUAUUGACGAAUUUAUUUUACCCCAUCAAGGAGAAACCUGGGAAGAUAUGUUAGAAUAUAUACAUCUCAAUUCAACCAUUACGGCAGAAGACACUGCUGUCUAUCGCUUCAAAAGUUCAUUUUUCACGCCCACGAAAGAGAGAAGAAACUCGACUCAUUUUCCAAAAUCAUACAAAUUAUUUAUUUCACUAAACAAUACAUAUCGUACGGUGAAAGUAAGUAAUAUUAGAACGAAGUUGCUUGUAAAUCCAACCAGAGUUUUUGAAAUCGGUAUUCACCAUCUUAGCAAACCUAUUGACGAUAAAUUUGUCACUUUAAAUGUUGACCCUCAGGUGGCGUUAUUGCAUCAUUACCGGAAAUGCGAUCCAAGCUAUGAUAUGUCAUGUGGGGCAUUUAAAGAGGAUACGACAGCCUUGAAAUACACACAUUCUCUAAUUUCACAUACUGAGCAUGUUUUGAAAGAAAUACAACAUUUGGACAAGACAUUCAACACCAGUGGUUUGAACAAAUUAUAAAAACUUUUUUUUUGUGGGAUUGAAAUGUUAAUUUAACAUAUUGUUUUCCAAUCAAAUAUUUAAGUAUCAGAAAUACGUUUUUCUACUAUGCAUAAUGGAUCACUUUUCGAUACAUUCUAUGUUCACAACUCGAUGUUUUUGAACGCAUCUAACGAAUGAACCGGCCUCGGUGGCGUAGUGGUUAGGCCAUCGGUCUACAGGCUGGUAAGUACUGGGUUCGGAUCCCAGUCGAGGCAUGGGAUUGUUAAUCCAGAUACCGACUCCAAACCCUGAGUGAG